AUGUCGGCAAAGGCUCCCCCCAAUCCAGACCACCCACCAAGGGCAGAGACCCUCUCCCAGAGGAUCAUUGAGGGCGAGGCCCCCGAAACCACCGAAACCAACAUCCGCUGGGCCGCCUACGCAAACCGCAUCCGCACCAUCAUGAACUCUGCCCACCGCUAUGUCGCCUACACCUCCGACAUUGGCGAGUCCUUCCGCCCCGUUGCCCACCCGGGCCUCAUCCGCACGGCCUACGGCAUCUCCUGGCUCUACCUCACCGGUGAUGUCCUUCACGAGGGCUACAAGGCCUACAUCUCCAACCAGGCUACCCUUCGCGGGGGCCAGGUCGUCUCGCCGCUUCCGGAAUGGCUCACCCCGAAGAGUGCCGAGAAGUCACCUUCCUCGGAAGGGACGUAUAAGCCGGAGCAGGUGGCCAAGAGCGUGGCUGAACCAAUUACGACGCCGAAGCCACCGUAUGCGGCGAAGCCGAGGAAGGUGUCGCCGUUGAGUGAUGUGAGGGAUGAUUGGGAUGAUGGAAGCAAGGACGCUGGGAAGAACCUGCUGAACCCGAAGGGGACGGUGCCGUUCUUGGAGGAUUACAGGACUGUGAUGGUGCAGAGGGCGAUUUUCCAGGGGUUGGCGAGUAUGGGGCUGCCUGCACUGACAAUCCACACUGUUGUGCGGUACUCUGGCAGGGCGCUCAAGAAUGCUAAGAACACCAUGAUCAGGACUUGGGGUCCUGUCGGUCUGGGACUGGCGGUGGUGCCGGCGCUGCCGUAUAUUUUCGAUCAUCCGGUGGAGCACGCGGUCGAGUAUGUGUUUGAGAAAGGGUACGAGACAAUUACGGGCAAGAAGGGUGUGCAUGAGAAGGAGCUAUAG